CAGUGUCCAGAAUUAUAGUCCUCGCCGACAGUUGAAGACAAAAUCAGCAGGUCAACGCAGCGGGCACACACAGGACCAGGCCUACCGCAGCUGGCACGCGUAACCUCUACACAUACCUUGACCCAAGAGAAGGAAAUUUACUACAGUUACACUGAAAAUGGAUCUUGAUUUCGACGACACGAAGAAUCUAUUGACUGGAUGGGAUAUCGCCAUUAUUGUUGUGGUUUUCCUUGUUGUUCUUGCCGUUGGAUUAUGGUCUGCCUGGGUGUCAAACCGUGGAACAACCAAGGGAUACUUCCUGGCUGGUCGCAGCAUGUCAUGGUGGCUGGUUGGCUUAUCGCUGUACGUGAGCAACAUAGGAAGCAGUUCAUUCAUUGGUUUGGCGGGCACUGCGUCGCUCUCAGGCUAUGCUGUUGUUUCCUACGAGUUUCAUGGUUUGUUUUCCCUAAUCCUGCUUGGUUUUAUCUUCAUGCCCGUGUACACUGCGUCGGGGGUAUCCACGAUGCCCGAGUAUCUCAAGAGACGGUUUGGAGGCGAGAGACUUCGAAUAUUGCUUUCAAUUACGGCGGUCGUACUCAUUGUCUUAACGAACAUGUCGUCGGAGAUGUACGCAGGUACCAUCAUCAUCCAGCAAGCUCUCAACUGGAACCUCUAUCUAUCAGUCUGUCUAUUACUGGCAAUGACCGCUGCUUAUACGAUAGCCGGCGGUUUGACUGCUGUCAUCUACACUGACGCUCUACAGUCAUUUAUCAUGAUAGGAGGGGCCACUGUUUUAUCUGUUGUCGCUUUUAUUGAAAUAGGGGGUCUAGAGAACCUGUACCUAAGAUUCAUGACGAGCAUACCUUCACCGACCUUCCUGGCUGGAAACACAACGUGCGGUAUCCCGAGCGAGGAAUCCUGGCAUAUCUUCCGUGAUGCUACCACCUCGGACCUUCCCUGGCCUGGGGUGCUCUUCGGUAUCUUCCUGCUAUCGGCUUGGUACUUUUGUACCAACCAGGUUCUUGUUCAGAGAUCGUUAUCGGCAAAGAACGUGACUCAUUCCAAGGCAGGGACCCUCCUAGCAGCUGUGUUGAAGCUUCUACCAAUGGUUCUAAUGAUAUACCCGGGCAUGAUCAGCAGGGCUCUCUGGCCAGAUUACGUGGCUUGUCAGGACUCUGAGACUUGUUUGAAGGUUUGCGAAAAUCCCAACGGCUGUUCAGACAUCGCCUACAUCAGGCUGCUUCUAAAACUCAUGCCUACAGGUCUAAAAGGAUUGAUGAUGGCGGCCAUGUUGGCAGCGCUCAUGAGCUCGUUGACGUCGGUAUUCAACAGUGCCAGCUCUAUCGUUACGUUGGAUUUGUGGAUCAAAGUGCGCCCUCUGGCGUCGGAAACAGAGCUUGUGAUCGUUGGCAGGUUGUGCACCCUGAUCCUAGCAGCUGUGAGCGUUCUGUGGUUGCCUUUGAUCCAACUCUUCGGUUCCGGUCAGUUGUUUGUUUACAUCCAGUCCAUAUCGUCCUACAUGUCACCACCAAUCUUUGCUGUCUACACUGCUGGGAUGUUCUCUGAAAGAACGACUGAGCAGGGAGCCUUUUGGGGCCUACUGCUAGGUGAAGCUAUCGGCUGCACUUGGAUGGUUCUUGACUUUGUGUUCCUAGCACCCCCUUGUGGUGGAAUCGAUGAGCGUCCCCUGGCACUCCAGAAAAUUCACUACUUGCACUUCGCUCUGCUGAACUACGCAGCUACAGUGUCGUUUAUCGUCGUCCUUAGUCUGUUGACGAAACGAAUCCCACAGGAAAAGCUGAUCAGACUGACUUGGUGGACCAGAAAAAGCAAGCUCCCUCGGACACCUAUGUCGAAGAAGGAAAGCAAGAAACAUAAGGAACGAGGAUGGAAGAAAAGAGAAAUUGCUGAGGCAGAACAAAAUGAAAAGACGCUGUCUGGUCCUCGCCGCAUUUGGAACUUUGUAUGCGGAAUUGAAUCCUUCCGCGGAACCGAACUCACACCAGAUGAGUUGAAGGAGAUGGAGAGACGCAUGACGUCAUUAGUAGAGGACCCUCAGUGGGCUAAAGCAGUCAAUGCUGCCUGCCUUAUCGUCCUUUUCUUGGGGUUUUUGGCGUUUGGAUUAUUUGCCUGAAAACGGUCCGUUGGAUGGUUUAGUAAAGAAAAUUUGGAAGUUUCGGGGUUUGAAAAGACCCAUUAGUCAAGUUAGAUCAUGAACAGCCCGUGGCCUGUUCAAUACGUUUUCACGGAAAGUUUGAACCUCCAAAUCUAUAAGUUAGCGUCGUGGGUCGUAACGACGCCUAGUUAUUGUCUGCUUUGCUUUGCUUGAGGUAUCCAAAUAUAAUCAUGCGUCUGCGUGUUUUGGAAUCCAAACUUCGCAUAUAAUUCAACUGACUUUGAUUUGUUUUUGUAGCCGGAGUUCACUUACUUUGAGGAAAUAUCCUGAAAAAGGUGCUUUGUGUAGUUUCCAUCUUCAGGGACAACAUUAAUAGAAACAUAGAUUAAUUAUUGUGUGCAUUUAAUAUUAAAUAAUCCCAAAUAAAUCCAGUGACAAGAAUAUUUCUACUGAAUGGAGUUUGGGAAAGUGACAGGAAUAAGCAAAAUAGUAAAAGGUAUCAUUAAAAUGGCUAACGUAUAUGAAGUAUUAUUUGCCAACUUUCAUUUAAAAUAUUAAAACAAAAUUCCACUAAAGAACACCAAGCACACGUGUAAGUUAUAAAGUAAGAGCAUGAAUAUUUACAUCUCAAUAAACAACAUGCUCAUCUAACUGGUUGUUCUUUGGGGGAAAUUCAUAAAAUUUAAGUUAUGCUUUGCUCAGCUUUACCGAUUGCAACAGCAAAAUCAAAUAUCCCCCACUGAUCCUCUAAAAUACACGUGUUAGUUACUACAUGUACUACUUACGCUACUUUACGUCUAUUCUUUCAGACAACUAGAGGUUCUAUGACAACAAGGACAGGUUAAAUUUAUUCAAAUGAAUUGAAUUAGGCCCUUGCUGUCGCUUUUGCUCUGUGUGUCACAAAUAAA